GGGGCCCCGGCGCCGCCGCUCACUCGAGGCCCCGGCUUCGACCCGCCCACUAGGCCGCGCCGCCUCCCCCGCCGCCAUGAAGCAGGACGGCUCGGCCCGCCGCCGCGGCGCCGACAGGACGAAGGGUCCGGCGGCGGGAGGCGCCGAGCAGGAGCCGCCCCCGGGCCCGCAGGACGUGGAGAUGAAGGAGGAGGCGGCCGCCGGAGACCCCGCCGCCGCAGACCGCUCCCAGAGGGAACUGGACACCGUCACCCUGGAGGACAUCAAGGAGCACGUGAAGCAGUUGGAGAAAGCGGUGUCAGGCAAGGAGCCCCGCUUUGUGCUGAGGGCCCUGCGGGCGCUGCCCUCCACCUCCCGCCGCCUCAACCCCUACGUGCUCUACAAGGCCGUGCUGGGCUUCUUCACCUCCAACAGCACCUCGCGGGACUUCCUGCUCGCCUUCCUGGAGGAGCCCAUGGACACAGAAGCGGAUCUGCAGUUCCGUCCCCGGACGGGGAAGGCCGCCUCGGCCCCUCUCCUGCCCGAAGUGGAAGCCUACCUCCAGCUCCUCGUGGUCAUCUUCCUGAUGAACAGCAAGCGCUACCCGGAGGCCCAGAAGGUCUCGGACGACCUGAUGCAGAAGAUCAGCCCCCAGAACCGCCGGGCGCUGGACCUGGUCGUGGCCAAGUGCUACUACUAUCACGCCCGCGUCUAUGAGUUCCUGGACAAGCUGGACGUGGUGCGGAGCUUCCUGCACGCCCGGCUGCGGACGGCCACACUGCGCCACGACGCGGACGGGCAGGCCACGUUGCUCAACCUGCUUCUGCGAAACUACCUGCACUACAGCCUGUACGACCAGGCCGAGAAGCUGGUGUCCAAGUCAGUGUUCCCCGAGCAGGCCAACAACAACGAGUGGGCCCGCUAUCUCUACUACACGGGCCGCAUCAAGGCCAUCCAGUUGGAGUACUCGGAAGCCCGGAGGACCAUGACCAACGCCCUGCGCAAGGCCCCCCAGCACACCGCGGUUGGCUUCAAGCAGACGGUGCACAAGCUGCUGAUCGUGGUGGAGCUGCUGCUGGGCGAGAUCCCGGACCGCCUGCAGUUCCGCCAGCCCUCCUUGAAGCGCUCGCUCAUGCCCUACUUCUUGCUGACCCAGGCUGUCCGGACGGGGAAUCUGGCCAAGUUCAACCUGGUCCUGGAUCAGUUUGGGGAGAAGUUCCAGGCCGACGGGACGUACACGCUCAUCAUCAGGCUGCGGCACAACGUCAUCAAGACAGGGGUCCGCAUGAUCAGCCUCUCCUACUCCCGCAUCUCCCUGGCCGACAUUGCCCAGAAGCUGCAGCUGGACAGCCCGGAGGACGCCGAGUUCAUCGUCGCCAAGGCCAUUCGGGACGGGGUCAUCGAGGCCAGCAUCAACCACGAGAAGGGCUACGUCCAGUCCAAGGAGAUGAUUGACAUCUACUCCACCCGCGAGCCCCAGUUGGCCUUCCACCAGCGCAUCUCCUUCUGCCUCGACAUCCACAACAUGUCUGUCAAGGCCAUGAGAUUCCCCCCUAAAUCCUACAACAAGGACUUGGAGUCUGCAGAGGAGCGGCGGGAGCGGGAGCAGCAGGACCUGGAGUUCGCCAAGGAGAUGGCAGAGGACGAUGACGACAGCUUCCCCUGAGCGGGGUGGAGAGCGGCGGGGGGCUGGGGCGAGGACUGGCGCUAGGUCUUCCUCCCCACCGCCCGUUUCACAGACUGCCCGUCUGGACAGCAGAAGAGAAGGGCCAGCCCUCCCUCCCCCCUUUCCAGGGCCAGCGUCUCCCAGGGCAGGAUCUUGUGGAGAGGGAGGUCGGAUGUGAGGUGACGAUAGGAGCAACACUUCCCCCCCCCCCCCCCCCAAAACUCUCCUUGCACGUGUGUGGGGUUUGGGGAAGGGAGAAUAGGGUGGGUUUUUUUUUUUCUUUUGGAAGCUUCAGUUAUAAUUUUUAAACAAUAAAAAAGUGCCCAAAGCACAAUGGACCCAG